AUGGAAGAGGAAGAAGGCCCUUCUUAUCAUCACCCUCUUCUUCAAGACAGAGACGCCAUUUCUUCCGAUGAUUCGCGCUUGAAACAGCUCGGUUACAAGCAAGAACUCAGCCGCAAUCUCUCGGCAAUAGCAAAUUUCUCAGUGACUUUCUCCAUCGUCUCAGUCCUCACUGGUCUAAGCACGACGUUUGGUAUUGGCCUGACAUAUGGUGGGACGAUUACGAUGGUGUACGGGUGGCCGGUGGUGGGGAUGUUGACGCUGGUGGUGGGACUAUCGAUGGCGGAGAUUUGCUCGGCGUACCCGACUUCCGGUGGACUAUACUUCUGGAGCGCCAAACUUUGUGGCAAUCGUUGGGGACCUUUGGCUUCUUGGCUCACUGGCUGGUAAGCUUUUUUAUUUUCUGAUUUGAUAUUUUUUUUCAUUCAUUUUAGCUUAUGUUGUUGAAGACAUGCCACGGUGACAUUUUGUGUUCAACACAGCAGUCAAGGAUAGCAUUUUGUUGAUUUCUCAAUAACCUCACCCAUAAGGCCCAAGACCAAAUCCUUAAAACGGUUUUUUGUUUUGAAGGUCAUUGGGCUUCAUGAUUCAAUGACGCGGCCCCAAAAAUAGAAUUCAUUAGUUGUCCAUACUUAGUCUAAUCAAGUCGCUCACUUUCGGUUUAAAAAUAAGCUUACUGUUAGGCUGGGAGGCUCACUGUGAUGGUUACUUGCUUAGAUUGUUUCCGUUUAGGUUCAUUUUGAUAAUGUUGAUUAGAUCAGAUUUGGGCUUAGCACCAACAUUGAAAUUUUAGGAUAGUUUAUAAUCCAUUAAUCCAAUCCCGAAUUGAGCAAAAAAUGUACUACGAAGCUUUAGCUGGAUGGGUACUAUGCUAGGCUUGGCUUUGACACUUAUCUGGGCCAGCCAGCCAGUCCAUAAGUUAAUGAGAUCCAACGUGCUAAGCAUCAAUGUGGACUAUGACUCGAAGACAUUGCUUGGUGCGCGAAAAGAAAAGUUAUUGUUUUGAUGCUUACUUUUCAGUUUUCACGAACCAAAUGAGAUCUAAGGGGGUGCCUCAACAUUUACAU